AUGGUUGUGAAUUAUUUCCUUAGUUUAUCGAUUAUACUCUUCUUCGGAUCCUACGAAGUGAAUUCGUUAAAUCCAAGAUUUGUUGGUAGCGAUGUUGCUUCUAUAAAUAAUUAUCCUUAUCAAUUAAGUAUUUAUUUUGGUCGUAACGAUGUAUGCGGUGCUACUAUAAUUGCUCCAAAAUGGGCCAUCACAUCAGCUUACUGUUUGCAAUGGAAAAUUCCUCAGAUGAUAAAUCUUCGAGCUGGAAGUAACCAAACUCAAAGUGGUGGUGCUGUUUAUAAAGUUUACAAUUUCGUCGUACAUCCAAAAUAUAAUAGAACUAGUUCCGAAUAUGAUGUCGCUUUAUUAAAUUUGACUACACCUUUCGUUUAUGGAAAAACUGUCAGACCUAUUCCGAUAAUACAAGAAAAUAAGAAUGUAACAUCUGGUACACCAGCUGUUAUUACUGGUUGGGGUUAUGUUUCGAAUAGUGGUCCAUCUUUUUCUUCUACUCUUCGUAAAAUGGUUCUGCCGAUUAUUGAACCGUCAUUUUGUCGACAAGAAUAUGGAAAUAAGUUUAACCAGAACAUAAUGGUUUGCACAGGAUAUGAAAAAUAUAAGAAAGGCUUAUGUUCAAGUUCUGGUUAUCCAUUGGUAGCAAAUGGCACCUUGAUUGGCAUAUUUUCUACAGGACACGGGUGCACCGUUUCACCAAAUAUUAACACGAAAUUAUCAGCACAAUCAAUUCGAUCCUGGAUUAAAGCAGUUGCACGUGUUUAA